AUUCGCAAUCGCAGCGAAUGUUGUAUUUCUACUUUCGUAAUAUCAUUUAUUUGUAUUUGCUUGAAAUAAAUUAAAAAUGUUUUUGUUAUCGUAUUUUAAAUCAUUUUCAUAAGUUCGGUUCUUUUCAAGUCCAUCGCAACGAGUUGCGAUGGACGGACCAGACGAAGGAGUUUUAGAUGUGGAUUUAUUAGCUGACGAUGGGUCUGACGACGAAUGUGAAGCCCCGCCGUCUUCAGACUUUUAUGCAGGCCCAGCUUCCACACCGACGUCAUGUGCAUCAUCACCUCGCGGCGAAGAGCCGGCCUCUCCCCUUGCUGUGGUAUCACAGCCAGCGUUCUUUCACCAUCAAACAUACACUCGUCCAUUCUUUACAUCAGGCAGAAGAGGACCUGGAAGACCUCGUAAAGAAGGAGCCAAGUUAGCGCGUGAGGGAAAGAUAGUGAGACGCUAUAGAGGAAAUCCAGGUUCAGUAAGAGGAGCUAAACGCCACAGAAGCAGCCGUGAUGAAGCUCUUGAUGACAUGUUGGAUGAAGAUGACUUUACCAUGCCUGCACCUGAGGAACCACCAUAUACUCCAGAAAAAUGGCCUGGUAAAGUUUGUGCCUUAUGUAAUCUAAGUGAGCGCAGUCAACUCGGACAAGGAGAAAUGAGGCAGACAGUAUGUAACAUAGAAGGGGAAGGGAGUUCUACACCAAGUAUAAGUAAUUCUGGAGGUGCUACACCCACCAGUAUUACAACUCCUAACACACCCACUCUUCCUCUCCCUGCAGGGUUGGCUUCACCGCCACCCGAAUUGCUAGAUAUUAAUCAGCAGCAUCAAGUUCUUCCUCUAAGCAGGCGUCAAAAGGCAUUUAACAAGUGCAAGACCCCACUUUACAACAUGGAGCAUACCGAUGAACUCUCAAUCAUUGGAUUUUCUGAGACACUAGAGUUACCUGCAGUGGUAUCCUCAGGAAUGUUUUAUGUCCAUCGUUGUUGCCUUGAGUUCAGUCCUCCAUUUCAAGAUCAAGUUGCUGCUGCAUGUACAUCUGAUGAGGAAAAGGACCAAUUAGAAGAAGCUAGGAUUAGAGGAAUUGUUACUACAGCUCUUGCUAGAAAAUGUGCCUUCUGUCAGAGAUAUGGGGCAAGCAUACCAUGCAAGAUGAGUUGUAGUAAAUAUUUUCAUCUGCCUUGUGUUCUGGCAUCUGGAGGCUUUAUGGAUUUUCAAACAAAGUCAUCUUUUUGUAAGGAUCAUUUGUACCAAGCACCACUUGUAUGCACAGCAGAUAUAGACUGCAGAACUUGUCGAACCAUCGGGGAUAUGUCCAAUCUUAUGACAUGCGUUACUUGUGGAGCACAUUAUCAUGGCACUUGUGUAGGACUCAAGCAACUGCCUGGUGUACGAGCGGGCUGGUCGUGUCGCGCGUGCCGCGUGUGCCAGGUGUGCCGCGGCGAGGGAGGCGCGGGCGUGGGCGCGGGUGAGGCGCGGGCCGUGGCAUGCGAGCACUGCGACAAGCUGUACCACGCCAUGUGCCUGCGCCCCGUCAUGGCAACGGUGCCUAAAUACGGUUGGAAGUGCAAGUGCUGCCGCGUGUGCUCCGACUGCGGCGCGCGCUCGCCCGGCGCCGGCCCCUCGUCCCGCUGGCACGCGCACUACACGGUGUGCGACUCGUGCUACCAGCAGCGUAACAAGGGCUCGUGCUGUCCGUUGUGUCGCCGUGCUUACCGUGCCGCAGCCUACCGCGACAUGAUCCGCUGCUCGACUUGCCGCAGAUAUGUACACGGAAUGUGCGACCCGGAAGCGGACCCACAGCAGUAUAGGCAGAAGAAGGAACAGAAUCCUGGAUAUGAAUAUAGUUGCCCUAUAUGUAAAUCUAAUAUGUUGGCAGGCUCUAAGUCCGGAUCAUUUGAAGAAGACAAUAUGGCAUCGACAUCACAGGACUCCUCUUUCGGCGAUGAUAAUGCGCAAGAUCAGGAUCCACUGGCAAUUGAACCAAAGGCAGAUGUAGGUCUUGGAAAAGGCAAACCUUACACCGUUUCCUCGAAAGUAGCGAAAAAAAAGAUAGGUGGAUAUAAACUCAAGGGUGGGUUUCCACCUGCUGGCAAAUUGGGUUUCCAAAAGCGUCAAAGGUCUGUUUUGGACUUUGGUCGAAAACGAGGAUCUAAACCAAAAAUGCGGGGAGUGUUUGGUGUUCCUGGACUUGGCUUACAAAGGCCACAAGCUCCUGAUAAUAAAACAUCUGAAGAUGACCCAGGAGUGGAAAACAAACUAGUCUUGUGUUCAAGUAAAGAUAAAUUUGUACUGACUCAAGACUUAUGCGUCAUGUGCGGGGCUAUCGGUACGGACUCGGAAGGUUGCCUCAUAGCGUGCUCGCAGUGCGGCCAAACGUAUCACCCCUACUGUGUCAACAUUAAGGUGUCGCAAGUGAUCGUCAGUCUCGGCUGGCGCUGUCUGGACUGCACGGUGUGCGAGGGCUGCGGAUCGCGCGGCGACGAGCCGCUGCUGGUGCUGUGCGACGACUGCGACACGGCCUGGCAUACGUACUGCGCGCGGCCCGCGCUGCCGGAGGUGCCGCGCGGCGCCUGGCGCUGUGCGCGGUGUCGCCGCUGUCUCGUGUGCGGCACGCGCGACACGCCGCUCUGGUGCGACAACUACACAGAGUGCUCGCCGUGCGCGUCGCUCGUGAUGUGCUGCGUGUGCUCCGAGCCCUACUCCGACGGCGAGCUCAUCAUCCAGUGCACCGCGUGCUCGCGGUGGCUGCAUGCCGCCUGUGACUCUAUCCGCGGCGAGGCCGAUGCCGAAACCUGCUGUCGGGCCGGGUACAAGUGCGUGCUGUGCCGCGGGCGCGAGGUGCCGCCGCCGCACGUGGCGCGCGCGGUGCUGCCGGCGGCGGGCGCGGCGGGCGCGGAGGGCGAGGAGCGCGCGCCGGCUCGGCCGCGCCUCACGCCGCUGGCGCUGGGGCUGGCGGGCGAGUACUACGUGGACGACGUGUGCCUGUCGCAACGCGGCGCUCACCACAUGAAGCAGCUGGAGGCGGAGAUGGGCAUCACGCACACGCGCCGCAAGAGGAGGUUCAAGAACGAGAACACUGAGAAAGACGCCGUGGUUCAGAAUGCAGAAGGAGAGAUGGGAGACGACACCAAGCCUGACAGCACUGCUGAAGUGAAAGAGGAACCUGGCUUAUUAUCGAACACGAAUCUGAAAGAAGGCAUUUUAUGGAAUGUUGCAAAUGAUGGCCCAGUGCCUGAAGGUUUCACCAUUUAUACCACGGAUUCAGGCCUCACUGUGCUGCGCAGAAAACGACAGAGAAAUUUGAACAAGCUCGGCAUCGGCGGUUUCGUUGUGCGACAAAGACACACGAACGCUAAAGCACAAGCCGAUGAUGACAAAGAAGGAGACGGAACGCAAGGCUCCGGAGAGUCACCAAGUAAUAAACGUAAACCACGUCGCAAACCUCGUUCAAAACUGAUGGAGCAAUUUCCUUCUUACAUGCAAGAAGCGUUUUUCGGCAAGGAUCUUCUCGAACCGACCAAGCCCGCCGUCAGUUCGACAGUGUCGCUGGGCGAGGGCGAGGCGGCGCGCGCCACGCCCGACGCGUGCCGCGACGCGCGCGAGCUCGACAACUCCGACAGCGACGCCGACGACGUGCUGGCCGCGCUCUGCGCCUUCAACGACCACGACUGCACCGUCUUCAUCACGCUCAACGCGGAGGAGUCGGACCUCUUGCGGACGCUGAAACCGAAGGAGGAGAAGGAGGACGGCCCGAACGCGGCGAGUUCGGAUUGCGUGAAGAUAAAAUCGGAGGCCUCGGAGGAGGGGCAUCUGAAGCACACGGAGGACUCCACGGCUCUCAAAAACGCUAUUUUGGGCCCGCAGUCGAAUGAGCCCGAGCAGGCUCCACCCGAAAAUCCUGCGCACGUUCCCAAGACUGAAACUAUUAGUACUGAUACGGGCGGCUCGUCGCAGUCAUCGACCAUCUCUCCGAAGGACGAGCUGUCUCUACUGGGCGUGAACCUGGAUGCGAUGGUGCGCGACUCGCUACCCGACAUGGACAGUAACGACGUCGACGAGAUCUUCAAGGGUGUGCUCACCGACGACUCGCAGGAAUCACAGGAAUCAUCAGUAUCCUACGUCAACUCCAUGGCGGGUACGCCGUACUCGCAACAGCGACAACAGCUACAGAGUCCCAUGGAGUAUACCUCACCUUAUCAUACCGAAUUCGGAAGCAACAGCUCGCUGAGCCCGCUGUACGGCGAGGGCGCGGCGGGCGCGUGGGCCGAGCAGCCCGCGCCGCCGCCCUCCUACAACCAGCGCAGCGCCGACAAGAUGCGCGCCGACGAGAGUCUCGGCUCCGCGGCGACGAUUUCUGCCGUUCUCUAUGCCAACACUAACCAUCCCGAGUGGAAGACCGAGUUCCCGAACUGGGUGGAUCGCUGCAAGCAGAUUCUCAAGAAAUGGCGCGCCCUGCCCUCCGAGCAGAAGGCGCCGUACUUGCAGCGCGCCAGAGACAACCGCAGCGCCAUUCGCAUGAAGAAGGCGCAGCAGGAGCAGGAGCGCGCGUGCAGCCAGCAGCGCAGCGCGCGCGAGGCCGAGCAGGAGCGCCAGUGGAAGCAGCUGCAGCAGAUGCGCCAGCAGCAGACGCAGCAGCAGCAGCAGAUCAUACACGACCAGAGGAUACAAGCAGCGAUGCAGCGCAUGCGCGGCGCGGAGGGCUCCCCGCCGCCCGCGCCCGCGCCCGCCGCCGCGCCCGACGCGCCGCGCGCCGCCUUCCCCGCGCAGCGCUUCCCGCUCUACGCCACCAGCGACGACAUCAACCGCCAGCUGCGCGACCUGCUGCAGAGGCACCCCGACAAGAUGUGGCCGCCGCGUGAGUCCCCCGUCUCGUGCUUCGACUCGUGUGCCGUGCCGACCGCUGACGGCGUCUCUCGUCCCGCAGAGUCGUCGGGCGAGGAGGGCGCGGAGGGCGGCGCGUUCCGGUCGCCGCUGCCGGUGUCGGUGCGCGCGCGCGUGCCGGCCGGCGCGCCCGUUCCGCCGCAGCAUCGCACGGAUCACGUGAUAAUUCAAAAUCGCCUCGUGACCGCCGAUAACGCUCAGAUGCAACAGAUCAUUGGAACUCCCAACGCCACACAAAUGAUGGAGCAAAAACAAAUGACUGCGUCACAUGGAAACGUAUCGAAUAUGGAUAAGCAAGAGACUGGAGCCGAUCAAGGAACCGAUGAAAUGGAUAUCGGUGAUAUGGAUAAACUCGAACAAGACACGGGAAACAUAGGGGAGGUGGACAUCCUGACGGGGCUGGGCGGCGAGGACGACGAGGAGCUGCUGGAGUCGCUGACGGCGGAGAUCGGCGAGCAGUUCAACAUCCUGGAGUACGCCGACCCCGAGCUGGCGGCGCUGGGCGACGAGCACCUGCUGGACGGGCUCGACCUGCCCGACGACGUGCCCGAGCGCCUCGAGCGACACGCCAAGCGCACGCCCGAGGAUGAAUCCGAUCACAAGACGGAUAAUAAGAUGGACAGCGAGUUGCAGAAGGCGGUGAAAAAUAUAGAAUCCACGAAUUCGGAGGUUAAACCGGAAUUGACUAAAGUGAAAUCCGAAUUUCAAGAUACCAAACCCGAAGCGCCGGUGACGAGCGUUGGGCAGAUGUUCCAGGACGGUAUUCAGAGAGUUAUCUCGCAGAAUCAUCAGAUGUCUUUACAGUCGGCGAUGCAGGCCGUGAAAGCAGAGGUGAAAGCGGAAGGCGAUGAAGUCAAGACGGAAAAUGAUUGGCCGCGUCCCGUUUUCUCCAAUAUGUUCGGCUUGCAACUUCAACAACAGCAACAAGCCCAAGCGGUUCGCCCGAGCCCGCAGAACGCACCGGUCGUGCAGCGGCCGCAGUUCCUCGGACAACACGUGCAGUUCGCGCAGGGCGGCGCACAGAGCAUCGUGAGCGCCAUGACGGCGCAGGUGGCGGCGGCGCUGGCGGCGGGCCGCGCCAUCGCGCCCGGCACGCGCCUGCUGGGGGCCGACGGCGCCGUGGGCGUCGUGCGCCACGACCGCUCCGUGGCGCUCACCGCGCUGCCGCACUCGGCUCGCAACAUGGUAUCGGGUGCGGCGGGCGCUCGGCAACUCGCGCCGCCCACGAUGCGCCCCGACACGCCCCUCGCGGUCUCCUCUCUCGCCGCGGGCCCGGCGGGCGCGGCGGGCGCGGCGGGCGCGGUGCGCAGCGCGCCGCCGCCGUACCCCGGCCUGCGCGCGCCGCCGCCGCCGCCCUACCCGCAGCUGCAGGCGCCCUUUGACGCGGACGCGUGGGGCGACUGGCUGCACCGCCGCCCGCUGCUACUGCAGAACGUAAACCAGGAGCAACCGUUGCUUCUGGAGGAGCUGUUGGAGCAAGAAAAGCGCGAGCAGGAGCGCGAAGGUGGAGAAUGGGGCAGCUCGGCGGGCGUGGGGGGCAUGGCGGUGGGCGGGGCCGGGCCGCCCGCGCCGCCCCCCGCGCCGCCGCCGUCGGUGCCGCUGUUCUCGGCCGCGCCGCCGCCUGCGCCGCCGCUGCCGCCCGAGCGCGCCGCCUCUGAGGCCGACCACCAUGCGCGCCUGCUGUACGAACAGUGGCUCAAGCAGUACAACACGUUCGCGGCCGACCAACUGCGGUACUACGAGCAGGAGGUGCAGAAACUUCGCAAGAUCCGCAAGUCGCUGAAUAGUAAGCAGCGUCAAUUGAGAAAAUCCGGAAAUGAAUUAAUGCCGAAUGAUGCCGCCGAAUUACAAAGAGUUUCGACCGAGCAACAGGCGCUUCAAAAACACUUAGAAGCUGCUAGAAAACAGGCUAGACAGCAUAGCAUGCUUAUUCAGGAAUAUGAAACAAAGCAACGUCAACAAAACCCUCAACUAGCCCAGCAGACGGUGAUAAACCAACAACAGUUGAAUAAUCAGACUGUAUUUGCACAGAAUCAGAAUAUUAACCAAACGCAACAACUGCAACAACAGACAAUUAAUCGGCCUAUGCAAAUAGGCCUUCAGGGAUCUACAAUUCAACAACAAACAUUAAUUCGAACCCAGCAAACGAUUCUGGGUUCCGAUGGUCAACCAUUGUCUCAACAAAGAAUAGGCUUGGUGACCUCUCCGCUCAACGCUCAAAGCAGGAUCCUGCAAGGCGGACGUACGUUGGUCAUAGAGCAGGCCGGAGCGCCGCAACAACAAUUAGUUCGUCAGUUGUCAGGUGUACAGGAUAGGCCGCAGUCUGUCGGCGGGAUAGUACAGUUUGGGCAGCAACAGCUAUCUGGCGUGAGAAACUCAAUGCCGGCGGGAGGUCAGACGCCUCGCCCAGGAGGAACGCGACCAGCUAUGUCUCCGCUACAUGUACAAUCUCCUCAUUCUCAAUCUCCCCAUCAUUCGAUUGCUCCUCAAUCACCCUUACACCCUAUGCAAAGUCCAAUGCAAUCACCUUUGCAUUCCCAACAGUCUCCGUUACAUCACACUUCGCAAUCUCCUUUACAUCCAUCUACUCAAUCUCCACUUCAUACUCAACAAUCGCCGAUGCAUUCCCAGCAGUCACCGAUGCACGUUCAACAAACAUCUAGUAUGACCCAACAGAGUCCGAUGCAUCCACAACAAAGUCCAAUGCAUCCGCAACAGUCGCCAAUACAUCAACAGUCGCCUAUGCACCCACAGAAUCAAAUGUCAACGCAACAUUCUCCAAUGCAUCCACAGCAGAGUCCAAUGCAUCCUCAACAGACUUCGAUGCAUCCACAACAAAGUCCGAUGCAUCCCCAACAGAGUCCAAUGCAUCCACAACAGAGUCCGAUGCAUCCUCAACAAAGUCCGAUGCACUCUCAGCAAUCUCCGAUGCAUUUACAACAGUCUCCGAUGCAUACACAACAAUCACCAAUGCAGUCAUCGAUGUCGCCGCAACAUUUCUUGCAGCAGUUGCAAGCUCAAAGAACGAGCCCGCAAUUGCCUACACCUAGUCGAAGCCCGCAGAUAUACCAACAGUCUCAGAUACAAAGUCCGGUUGCAUCUCAUUCACCGCAAUUGCAAAAUAACGAUUAUACAACGGGGAGAUUCCCACGACCAGCUCCUGGAUGUUCUCCUCUACCCACACGUUUUGCUCGACCACCACACCAUCAACAAGGCAUGAGAGUUGGUGUACCUUUUGUUAACCGCCAACAAACUUCGCCUCUCGGCAGCCCACAGCCUCUUCCUUCACCUGGAAACACAAAUAAUGAGAUGACUCGCCAACAAAUACUUCAACGGCAACAAUACAGCCCUAUGGGAGGGGCGCCAUCCUCUCCUUCAUUAUCCAGAUCCCCUCACGUAGCACGAACGCCAACUCCCUCAGCAUCACCGGCAGCGUCGCCUGCUCCGCACCACGAGCACGGUGGAGGUGCACAUCAUCACCACAUGGCACCAAUACCUCCUGGAUAUAGAUAUUUUAAACCUGGUCUAUUUGGAGGUGCCCCCGUGUGGCCUAACAAAGAUGACGAUCGUCGAAGGACAACACAUAUUAAUAAAGUAUCAAUAUUGAAGCGCAGGACGCCUCCUCGUCCGAGGUUUACAGGAAAAACUGCGGCACCAUGUUCAGAUAAUCGAUCUGAUAGCAUAAGCGAGUCGAGUGAACCCAGAAAAUAUGUUUUAUACUCUUCUGAUAGUGUUGAAUAUGCAAGCACAUCUGAUGAUUCUGCUAGAAUGAGUUUCGCUAAAGAUGAUGACGAUGAAGAUAUACAACAGUUUGUAGAUCAUUUAGAUGAUGACGAUAUUGUCGUUGUUGAACCUGGAGCUAUAUCUCCAGAAGAACGCAUUGCAACUGAAGAGGAUUUUGAAGAGUUAAUUGAUAGUGGUAAACCAGAAGAUGAGGUUGAAGAUGAAUUGCCUCAAGAUAAACUCACAAGGACAGAAACUACAACAAAAACAGUUGCGGUUAUAAGUUUAGCUCCUGCGAAACAACCUUCUAGUAAUGUGCAGCAAUAUAAAAUAGUAAACCCAUCACAAAAUGCGACACUUUCCCGAUUGCCAGUCUUGAGCGCUGCAGUGCUUUCCCCACAUACUAACACAAAGAUUCUUAAUGAAGUUUCCCAGGCAACAGUUGCUUCUGUUUCUAUUGCUAAUCAGACUAUUUCAGUACCAGUAUUAAAAAGUCUAUCGGUCCCUAUUGCAAAUGUCACUGGACAUGCUGGUGGUAUGUCAAAGCCACAAAUUAAAAAAGUUCCUCUUAAUUUAACUAACUCACCAUUGACAGUGAAUAUGUCAUCUCAAUCUUUAUCAAAACCGAUAAGUUCUGUAAUAAGUGUAAUAUCUUCGAAUGUUGCAAAAAGUGCGAGUAUGAAUCCAGUUAUAACACUCGCAACUUCUAAUACCGGCUCUGGACCAUCGAGAGUUCCUGUUUCAAUUUUAACACAGCACCAAGUGAAGCAAAAAAUUGUUAAAACUAUCGAAAAACCCAUGGCACUUUCUUUGUCAAACACUAAGUUGUCGAGUUUAUCAGUAACUCACGAUGCUACACUACCUGCUAAAAUAUUUCAAGACGAAGCAGCAUCUCCGGACAGCACUGUAACUUCUGAAAGUAACUCGGAUAUGCAUAAUCCUUCUGGAUCUCAACAUUUACUUUCAAUUUCAUCACAAGAGCAAAAAGAUCAAAAGCCUUCUAUUCUUAAAGACAGUAGAGAUAUUGAUAUUGAAAACGAGAUCAGUCAACAAACAGAAUUGCCUCAUACAUUAUGUUUGUCUGAUAGAACGCCACUUUUAUUAGGUAAGGCUGAUAUAAAAAGUCCUGACCCCAUACCUGAAAAAAUCCCCGAUAAUAUCAUGGAAGGUGACGACGAAGACAAGCCGGAAGAUAACUUACAGAGCCAUUUAUUACUGUCAUAUAAUAAAACAUUACAAGAACAACCUAUGUCAAAUCCUGCUACAUCUGAAAGUAACUCUGAUGAAAACGUAGUAAAAACAAUAAAGGCUAUUGCAAAUCAAACUAAAGAAAUGGUAAUAGACUCAAAUAUGCAAAUAACAUCAGAUUUGACACAAGACUCAGUACAAAUUUCUAUACCGUCACCUACGCCAUCUCAAGAGAGAUACCUUAAUGACAUAACUAUGCGUGAACAUUCUGAAACAGUUGAAGGUAAUCCUAAACAUGUGGAAUCUUUCGAAGAUAUGUUAUGUAUGCUUGAGAACAUCACUGACGACACUAAAACUUAUGGUAUGAAACAAAACACCAAAAAUAAUCCUCCAACUUCACAAAACUCUAGUGUAAGUGCAAGUAAUGUUUCGAAAUCAGAAAAUAAGGAUACACAAGAACAGCCAAUAUUUCCGACUAGGGAAGCUGAGAGGCUUGCUUUGCAGUCAGCAACAGUACCACAGUUGUCGCCACUGUCUCAACCAGCAGAAUUAACGUCCAAUAUGGCGAACGUUUCACAACAACUACGAACUAUAAUGUCUUCCUUGAAUAGCAACUCAUCCAAGGUAGAAUCUCAAACAAUAAUUAGAAGAAACAGCGAUUCAACAACCCCAACCCAAGUUAACUUCGAAAACUUGCUUCCCUCUUCAAAGGUAGAAAUAGCAACAUCGCGACCAUCUCCUGUUCAAAGAAUCGAAAAGCCUCAAGUUUCUAGUGCGUGCUCAGAAUCUGUUGCAAUGAGUGCCGCACAAGUUAUCGGUUCACGAGUUAAUACACUAUCUACAAUGGGUCAGAUAAGAAAAUCACCUACAGUAUCACCAAUUAACUCCCCUGUUGGUAUACAAAAUCCUCUCAUGAAAUCACCAGCACAGUCGCCUUUAAUUAGUCAUCAAACUUUCAAUUUAAGUGAAGAACCACAAUGCUCAACUUCCAUGUCGUCACAAAUAUUGCAAAUGCCAGCUUUGUCUAAGAUACAUAGUAAUUCUUCAACACCAACCUCGAUGAUACAUCCGAAUAAUAUAACUACGACGAGUAUAAGUGGUUACCAAAAGUCUCAAUCUUUGCCUACUAGUAUAUUAGGUCAUACUUUACUGCAACCUACAAGACAAAUUAAUACAAGUAAUUUACAAUUUAAUCCGCAAAAUAUCAGUUCAAGUCAACCUCCAGCUUUGGUUAUGACUUCAAGGACAAUUGGUGGACAUAAAGAACCAGCUCCUAAUGUUACGGUGCGUACACACAGUAUUGUAAGUCCUAAUAUUGGCCAAAUGCAAACAAAGCCAACACAAGGUUCAAUAAACUUUAUCACGUCUUCAAAAUUGCUACACACUCAAUUAACUUCUCCUUUAAAACGAUCAAAGUCAACUGACGAACCAAAAAGUGAAAUUAUAGUUGGUCAUAUCCAGCCAACAAAAAGGCAUAGUGUAGAAUCGGUAAUAGUAAAAUCUGAACCCAUGGAAACUGACGAAACAAAUAAUUCAAUGCCAACUGUAACUGACAAUUCAGGGACAAAAAAUAUUCAUCAAAAUACACAAAACCAGAGAAUUCACGAUGAGUCGCAAAAUGUGUUAUUAAAACAACUUUUACAAACAACAACAACCUCAUCAAAUGUAGUUCCUCAAAGAACCAUGACAAUACAAAGAACUGCUCCUGCUCUAGGAACUAUACCUUCAUUAGAAGCGCAAUUAGCACGACCAUCAAUACCGCCACCAACAUUGGGCUUAACUCAAGAAGUAGAAAUACCCAAAAACUCUCCACGACAUAUGACAUCAGCAACUUCUCCGUUCACAAAUCGUCCUAUGCAAACUUCUAUACCAACAUCGUCAAUUUCACCUUUGAUACAAAAUUCAACACAAUCUUUAAUGGACGUAAGAAAACCCCCGAUGAAAUUAUUAAAUAAAGAAGAAACGACCCCAAUACCAGAAUGUUCGCCUACGAUGAAAACAUUACCAAUGUAUCCUUUAACAAUAGAAAACCAACAAUUGCAGCAAACUAUUAAGAAAGAGGUAGCACCACCUCAACAGAGUCCUGUACACCGACCUUUUACGCCAUUAGAUGUAAAAAAAGAACUCUUAGAUGAAAGUUCUCAACAGUCUGCAACAUCUGGUGUCUCAACAGCAUCAGAUCAAGGAAAGUUAGAUCAACCAAUGAAAGAGGAAUUCCCUGAAAGUGUUAAUAUGGAAACCUCCUCUGACAUAAAUCCUUCGGAAACGCCAUCAGAGGCUAAAAAACGAAAAAGGCGAGAAUAUCAACAAAAGAAACGGAAACAAAUACAAAUGAACAUGAAAGCCGCUGCUGAAAACAGUAUGAAUGCAGUAAAUGCUAAAAAGCGACCACGCAAGGGAUCUAGAUACGAGGAAGACUAUGAUACAUUUAUAGACAACUUAAUGGGUCAGCUAAGACUGUUGCCACCAAUGCAGAUACAAGAACCUGCUUUGACUACUAAUUUUGCGGUGUGUCCUCUUUUUGGUUCUGGCGAUCUUACAAAACUUAAAAAUAAAGAUUAUGACAUUUUAAAAGGUGAUUUAUUAGGAGAGUUUGGUAACGCAAAAAUACCCAGUGUUGCCGAUUAUUAUAAUACCAAACCAUUCGGCGAUGAAGAACCAUUACCUGAAAAGCCGACGGCAUCAACACAACGAGGUUUUUACGACCAAGAAUUUCAACCUAUUAUAUUCGACGAAGAUCCGGAGGAUAAAAAACUUGAUUUCAUUUGCAAAGAGCGAGAUACUGAUACUCCUGAUACUAUCGUCAGCUGUUCUAGUCCUGAGGGCUAUGAAAUCGAUCCUGAUGAUAGAUUCCCUUAUCUUAAACCUAUUGAUGAUGAUGACGAUGAAGAAGAUGAAGAAAUUUCUCACUCUGGUAAAGUCUCACCUGUAAUAGCACUUAUUGCACCGAUACCAAUUAGAGUUAAGCCCUUAUCACUUUAUCAACUUAAGGAUGAAGAAGAUAAUCAAAAAUCUUUGAAAUGUUUGGAUACUGAAACUCCACUCAAAACAAAACUGGAAGAUUCUCCUGGUAGUACAGAAAGCAAUGAAAAUGUUACAGUUACCCUUACUCUCACAUCUGGAGCUGCCGAGGAUAUACUUGGUGUAUUAAAAGAACUUGCAGGGAUAUUGCAUAUACCACCACCUACUUCAUAUCAAAUUAUAGAACGCACAGCCACACCGCCAUCUCAUAAACUUGGAUUGUAUAGGUCUAAGGGUAAAGAUGGUAAAGAGGGGACUCCAAUUGACAUUCAAAGCAUUCUAAAUGGUGCAGCCAAAUUUUGUCGACAUUGUGACGUAGUAAUACUAGAUUCUGUUGUUCGAGCCAAAGCCUCAGAAUUUCCUCUUCUGUCUGCUAAUAAAGGUAAUGCUGAGGAAAUUUUGUGCGACAGUGAUUCUGAGCUAUAUUUCUGUAGCACUCAAUGCUACGAGCGAUUUGCUUGGCGUCCAACAAAUAUAAUCUUAGACGGUAAAUCGAAGACGACGGUUAAAGAGGACAGUAAGUCAGAUAUUGAAACGAACCUAUCGAAAGACCGAGAUGACUUUGACACUGCGUCGACGGAAAGUAUGGAAACAGAUGAUCUCGACAUAAAACCUGAUAUUAAGGAUGAGAAAAUGGACCUGUCUUUUAUCGAUUCGUUGGAUAACGAUGAGUUAAUGAAAGAAGUAGGUGACGACGUCAGUGCUCUCGACGAAGACCUAAAAAGCAUGGAACAGGAUGACAAGAGCAAUCAAAGCGUGGAAAAGGAAAAAUAUAGAGGUAUUCGUUACAAGUCAUGGUCACCUGGUUGCAUCGGACCCCCAAUAAAAUAUAAACGCCCGACGGACCGAGAGCUUACUGAACUCGUUUUUCGUACUGGCGUCGCUAUAAUGCCUGUCACUAAUGAGGACACUCGUAAAUGUGAACUAUGUGGCAUUCAAGGAGAUGGUGUCGCAGAUGGCGUGUCGAGGUUACUGAAUUGUGACGUAGAUAGGUGGGUACAUCUCAAUUGUGCUCUUUGGUCGGAAGGCGUAUACGAAACAGUAAGCGGUGCUUUAAUGAACGUGGAUACAGCCUUGGUGGCCGGUUCGAAUGCAACUUGCGCUGUUUGUCGAAGGCUAGGUGCAACAGUGAGAUGUUUCAAAGUACGUUGCGGGAGUGUCUACCAUCUGGGAUGUGCCGUAAAGGACAACUGCGUGUUUUACAAAAAUAAAACUGCCUUCUGCGCCUCACAUGCACCAAAGAAUGAGAAAGACAACGAGCUGACCACACUGAGCGUGGGACGGCGCGUGUUCGUGUGUCGCGACGAGCAGCGGCAGGUUGCGUCUGUCAUGUUGCACUCCGACACCAACCACCUCAUCCGCGUGGGUGGUCUCAUCUUCCUGAGCCCCGGACACCUGCUGCCACACCAGCUGGCCGCCUUCCACACCCCCAACUACAUAUACCCAAUCGGUUAUAAAAUUGUGCGGUUUUACUGGUCAAUGCGGCGAGCCAACAGCCGCUGCCGCUACGUUUGCUGGAUUUCUGAGGAGGAGGGCCGCCCGCGCUUCCACGUGCGCGCGCAGGACGAGCGCCAGGAGAUGAGCGCGCCCACGCCGCGCGCCGCCUGGGCCGCUGUACUAGAUGCCGUAGCCGCUCUACGAGAAGGAAGGGGCGAGGAGGGGGUUUUAAAGCUGUGGCCCAACUACGUCACCGGAGAGGACCUCUUCGGACUAACCGAACCGGCCGUCGUUCGAGUUCUUGAAAGUUUGCCGGGCAUCGAAACACUGACCGACUACCGCUUCAAGUUCGGGCGCUCGGCGCUGCUGGAGGGCGGGCUGGCCGUGAACCCGUCGGGCUGCGCGCGCUGCGAGGCGCGGUGCGCGCGCGUGUGGCGCCGGCCCGCGCGCUCGCUGCUGCCCGCGCCGCCCGCGCCGCCCGCGCUGGAGCACGCCGCGCACCCCGCCUGCCCCUACUCCAAGCAGUUCGUGCACACCAAGAGCAGCCAGUACAAGAAGAUGAAGCUCGAGUGGCGCAACAACGUCUACCUCGCAAGAUCCAAAAUUCAGGGAUUGGGUCUAUAUGCUGCACGAGACUUGGAAAAACACACGAUGGUCAUAGAAUACAUCGGCGAAAUCAUUCGUUCGGAACUGUCUGAGAUUCGUGAGAAACAAUACGAAGCUAAGAACCGCGGCAUCUACAUGUUCCGGCUGGACGAGCGGCGCGUGGUGGACGCGACGCUAAGCGGCGGCCUGGCGCGCUACAUCAACCACUCGUGCCAGCCCAACUGCGUGGCCGAGACCGUGGAGGUGGACCGCCACGUGCGCAUCAUCAUCUUCGCCAAGCGCCGCAUCGCGCGGGGGGAGGAGCUGGCAUACGAUUACAAGUUCGACAUAGAAGACGACGCACAUAAGAUCAUGUGCAUGUGCGGGGCGCCCAACUGCCGCAAGUGGAUGAACUGAGUCCUCGAGAGAUGGACGAGCGUCUUCUCGAGUGGAUAGAUUCCAUUAAAAGGCUAUGAUUGUAAUAGUUGUAGGUACCAAAGUGAUUUUACAAUCCUAGCAAUAGAAUAUUUUCAAAGCAAUGGAUUCCUCUUUUUUAAGCUGAUGUGUGAUCUUAACUAUAAAUAAGACAAUAUCGACAGAAUUUUACAGAUAACGCUCGUUUUACGGCAAUUUUGUAGUUCGACCGUCGAAUAUUAAAACGUGCGGAACGCUUUGUACAUAGUAUAUUGAUUGAUAUAAAAUCAUUGUUGUUAUUGAAUUUUAAUGUUUUAGAUGUGAAUGGUCCGGAAGUAUACGUAGGCUUAGAUUUAAUUUAAUUUCGACAUAUUCUAUGAAUGUUCUUUAUAGCUGCUUUAUUUCUUUGACAUAUUAUUAUCUCGUAAUUUGUUAAUCGCUAAAGUUUAUUUACUCGUUGGUAUCAAUUUUUAUAUUUUCACAAUUAAUUAUGUAAAAUUGUAUAUGUUUUUGUAAAUGGUGUAUUGUAUUUCAUCUUAGAUUUCGCACUGAUAUCGAUGUUUUCACUAUAUUAUCAAAUUAAUAAUUUAUAAAAAAAUAUAUUUUGUUAUACCUUUGAUAAUCUCAACAGCGGUGUAAUAGUAUGACUUAGGUUAAGUUACCAAAUAGACAAGUCUGCAUUUAGUAUCGCAUAGCACGUGUUAUUAGCUGUUUAAUACAUAAUGCCACAUCGUGCCUGACCAGUUUUGUAUGAGUGUUUACGUGACGUACUUCUGCGUCCAUCACUGUUUACUAGUUCGUAAAACUCGUGAUUUCUCGUUUUCAAUUAAAAUUACAGAAUUUUUAUUUAAUUUUCUGCUUAAAAUGCUAAUUCAGAUCAGAAUCUCAUGGAGCAAAACACUGCAGAUCCCUCUCACAUAUUCGCAGGACUAGGUGAAGCGUAACGUUUUCGACUAGUAAAUCUAAGCGCGAUUUAUAGAUAGAAUAAUGGAUGUAACAUUUAUGGAACCGAAAUGUGAAAAAUAUUUUGAAUGAUCUUGACGAUUUUGGAAAUGUCUAGUUGAAUUGUGUGUAUCAUUCAUAAACUGUAAUGUAAAUGGUCAGAUGUAGGCUAUAAGGAAUUAGUGAGACAAGGGUAAAGGAUUGAUUGCUAGUGCAGUCUGGGUUAGGAUCGUGAGCGCCGGGAAAUAUUAUUUAUUCAUUAUAUGUAUAAUACCAUAACAUUUUGAAAUUCUCGAAUCGUUUUUAGAACAAAUUUAAUAAUACAAAUAUAAUUUUAUUAUAAUCAAUCUCGUAUAAGCAAUGAAAUCAUAUGGCGAACACGAAACCUAUUGAAGGUAGAUUAUUAUCUAAUGUACGCCCAGGUUGCCAUCUUGUAACGUUUUCUCACGCAAUUAGUAAUUAUAAGUUUUAAUGUGCAAUAUCAAGUCAGUACCAAUUGUAAAUAAUACCGACUCUGCUGCAGGUUUUAGUGAAUCAUUUUAAUUGAUAAUCAUGUACUAGUUUUAUGUUUUGUAAGCUGUUGAAGUGAUAUUACGUCGCUUUCCCAUCAACUUAUUUAUUUAAAAGCAUUCCCAUUCGUUUACACAUUAAUAGAACUGACUAUUGAUUCACUAGACAUAUUUUUGAGUGCUAGUGAAAUUAUAUCUUUUAGAAAUAUUCUAUACUUAAUAUUUUUAUCCCAUUAUUUUC